GCUGAUCCAGGGCUGGCUUGCGGGUACACCACGGCCGCCCAUUCAGAUCCAAAAGGGGAAAAAAUCUUCCAUUGAGCGCAAUGACGAUAGUGGCGACAAUGUUCCAUGUAGAGAAGCCGGUAAGCAGCGACCCCUCACCCCAGGGCUUCAGGACAGCGGUAGCCCGGCGUUGCUAACUCCAAUCUCAGCACCGAGAACCCCUUUCGUUUCCCGGUUAGACUUUCGAGGAGCACCUGGGACGGGGGAGACGGCAGCCUCCUGACGUCCAGGAUGCAAACGCCGUGACCGGGGUUGGGAAUCGAGGCGAGUCGGUCGUGGAGAUCCCCCUCCGGAGCUGCAUGGACGCGCGCCGGACGCCGGCAGCAUCCGUGCCCGUGACGCGGCCGCAUCCCGGGUCAGGAUGCUAGCAACGAGGAAGCGUCUCUGACAUGAAGACGAGGCGAGCUGUGGGCUUGUGUCCUUUGGGUGCGACGCCGACAUUGUCCCCAUGACUCACCCGUGCGGACUUCGUCAUGUACGCGACCGGCCGUGCGGCGCCACAACCCGGCGGAUGACCCUGAGCCAGGUAGCGGCGGGCCCGGCGCUGGGCCGCCUUCCCCGGGUACGGCAGUAGAGACCCAGAGGCCAGCGAAUCCAUUUGGAAAUGGUGUCCCACAAGGUUCUCGUGGCCGUCCUCUUGCUCAACGUGUACAUCGGCGUGCAGUCCGUCCAGUGCUUGUUCGGCGGUGUGCUGCUGUCGGCGGUUUUCGCCUUGGCCUUCCUGAGCGGACCGCGGCUCCUGGACUGGGCCAGCUCGCCCCCGCACCUGCAGUUCAACAAGUACGUUCUGACCGGGUAUCGGCCCGUCUCCUCGGUGCAGGACUGCAUCCGCAGCCUCUUCUACCUGCACAACGAGCUGGGGAACAUCUACACUCACGGGAUCCCUCUGCUGUGCUUCCUGGUGCUGCUACCGCUCAACAUCCCCUGGUCCCAGAUCAGCGUGACAUGGCUGGCCGUGGUGCACUUCCUGGCUUGCCUGUCCCCACAGCUGGGCUCGGUGCUCUACCACCUCUUCAUGAACCAUGAGGGGGGAGAGCCCGUCUACCACACCCUCCUCAAGCUGGAUGUGUGCGGCAUUUGCAUGAUCAACACACUGGGAGCGCUGCCAAUCCUGUACAGCACUUUGCUGUGUUACCCGCUGAUCCGCACGGUGGCGCUGUCCGUCUACAUCCUGCUGUCCAGCUACGGCAUCUACUGCGCGGUGACGGCGCGCAGUAGUGUGCGGCGCCUGCGUUCCUUCGCCUGGCAGGCUGUUUUCCGCUUCUCCUUCUUCGUGCUGCGCUGGGCGGGGGUGGGCGGCGGCAGCCCCACCUCACUGCGCCACUUCCUCACCAUGGACGCGCUGGCCGUGCUCGGCGGCGUCAUCAACAUCGCCCGCAUCCCCGAGCGCUUCCGCCCCGGCCUCUUUGACUACUGGUGCAACAGCCACCAGAUCAUGCACGUGCUGGUGGUGGGCUCUAUCCUCUACCUGCACUGGGGCGUCCUGGACGACCUGCUGUGGAUCAACAGCUACAACUGUCCUUCGGACUGAGGCCGCCUCAGUUUCCAUCCCCUAAUCUUCUCCCCCCUUUUUCGUCACAGUAGUAGAAGACGAUGUAAAGCAGAGGUGGGGGGGAUUUAAGUCACACGACUUGGCUCGAUUCUGACUUAAGUCACCAAUUUCAGAACUUGAGACUUUCUCGGGUAAAACUUGGGAAAAACUUGACUUGACGACUUGAAUUAAAAUGAACACCUGUUUAUCACAAGAGACACUUUGAUGAUACGUCUGCGAUAUUGAAAGAACAUGAAAACACGUUUUAAAUACCAUUAUUACUCCCACAUGCUAGAAAACAUAUUCAAACUUAUGAAAAAACUUUUUAAAGUGCAGUGAACGCCUGCAUAUUAGCCAUUCGCAAUGCGUGAAUUCACCUAUUUUGUUUUUAUAAGCUAUUUUUAUUAUUCGCAAAAAAAACAAAACUUUUUCUGAUUUUGGUCUCAACCUAAAGAAACAAGUUUUGAUUUGGCAGCAUCUUGGUGUUUAGGAACGACUAUGUUGAAGUGAGUUGACGACUCAUUUAAACAAAGUAGGGCUAUGCUGCCAUCAUAUGGUAUCCUGGUGUCAAGGAAGUAGUAAAGGACGUUCAUCUUGCGAUAUAUAGUCCUUUGCCACCGUCUUGUGGCAGGUUUGUGUCCUGGCACUAUGUGGCAAUUUGGGAUCAAGGAACCAUGUUGAAUUUUAGUUUUGCCGUGACAGACAUAGUUCUUUGCCUUCAUCUUGUGGCAUGUUAGUGUUAAGAAACUAUGUUCACGUGAAUUGAGUUGAGGAAAAUAUUACUUUGCCAUCCUGUGGCAUCUUAGUAUCAAAACUGUGUUGAAUUGAGUUGAGGAGUUUCAUCCGGACAAAUAGUGUUUUGCUGCCAUCUUGUGUUUUAGCGGCCAAAGAACUAUGUUGAAGUAGGUUAAGAAAAUAUUGAUUUGAAACCUUCUUGUGGCCUAUUGGUGGUGGUGGUGGUGGUGGGGGGGGGACGGACCAUGUUAAACUAAGUUGAAGAGUUUUGUCUAGUGGAAAAUAGUGUGUUCCACCAUCUUGUGGCAUCCAGGUCUCAAGGAACAAUGUGUGAAGUGAGUUUAGAGAAAAAAAUAGUGCUUUCCUGCCAUCUUGUGUUAGUACAGGCAGAUAUACAGAUAGUGAUUGCAAUGUGGCUAAUGGAUGGAUACUGUAUAAUUAUACAAGGUUGCAUAACUGACCUUAUGACACGCUUAACUCAUGAAACAACUUGACUCCACUUGACUCAACGCACACGCAAACACACACUUGAGACUUACGUGACUUGCUCCCACCUCUGCUGUAAAGUCAGGCUCCUGAGGUUCCCGAGGAAGUGAGUUAGUGGAUGUGAAUGGCUUAGAUGUCGGUGGAGCUACUAAUGCACCCAUAUCAAUGACAUCACACAUAAAGUCACCACAUACACAGUAGGGCUGCACGAUAUUUGGGAAAAAAAACGACAUAAGGAUAAGGAUUUUAAUCCUAUAUAUAAUAUAUGUAUAUAUUCUGAUGUGAAAUAAUACAGUAUCCGUGUUGGGAAAGUUCAUAUUCUGCACAACCAAGUUCUGAGUUGAAGUCAUAAUUCUCAAUAAUAAUAAUAAAUAAUUCAUAGUUGAUGAUUCAAAAAUUUGAACUAAGUUCACUCGUCCAAAUUAACUAGUUCAUGGUUCUUUUUUUUUUUCAAAAUUGACAGAAUACGUAUGACCUUCAAAAAACUGGAAUUGCAUUUCCCCAUUUUUGCCACCCAGUCACUCAUCACUAGUAGCCAUCGAGGACGAAUGAUUUGGCAUACUGCCCAUCACAAUUGGCAGCAAAAAUGGUGGCAGGACGUUGAUAACUUUGCAAUCUAACCAGCUGUGAUUGACGAUAUGAAUUAUGUAGAAAAUAUUACUUAUAUUACAAGACAAAAUAAGUUCCAUAAUAUCAGUGUAAUGACACAGUGUUUUAACUAAAGCACUCUGAUACAAAAAAAUAUUUCAAGUAAUCAUUUUUUACAAUUCUGUGUUGUUUUUACAAAAGAAUCAAUCACUCCCAUUUACACAGUGUCCCUGAACGCAUCUCGUGCCCUCGCUGCAGCCGCAUGGCUGCCUACCGCAGUUUCUUUCAUUCUGAAGAGAAAAAUGGGAAAUACUCCCAGUGCAAAUAUUUCCCAUGUCCUCUUUCAUGUUGGCCAUACAAGGAGAUAAGUAUACAACACUGUGGGCAGCCCUGUGUGUUUUUUGAAGUGUUAUAAUUAUAUUAUAUAUUAUAGUUAUUAUAAUAGUAAUAUGGGUGCUUAUCUUAUUAGCAUGUCCAAACAAGUCCCUCUGCUAGUAUUACAGUUGAUUCUCUGUAUUUUAGAGUACACCAACAUCGCAAUGGACCCUGUAAUGGGAUUAUUGCACACCUGUACAAUGCGAUGAGGACGCUCACACAAUAUAUCGUGCAGCCCUAAUGCACAGUAUGUUUGAAAACUUAGGUCAAAGAAAUAUGUUGAUUAUGUAUGUCAACACAGCAUGAACAAUAUAUUACAUCUCAAAAUGGGACAAAAAUGCCAAUUUCCAUCUUUUUCCAUUAAGUGGCACCACUACACAGGAACCUCUCAUGUCAAACGCAUCGUCCAGCUUUCCUGUGUGGAGUUUAAGUUAACUUCUGUUAAAUACUUCAAAAGAAGAACAUUUCACAAAUGUGAUUGGAAGUGUUGGUAGAAGCAGCUCUAUAAAAACAGCAGUAAAUGUUUUUCACAUUUUUCUGUAUCUUUUUUUUUGAGACAUUUUUAUUAUGUCAUACAUGUAAGAUUUUUUAAGCACUGUUAAAUAGUUUAAAACAAGAAAACAGUCCCAAACUGUUUUUACAUUAUAUUACCUGUUUUUGCAUUUUUGAGAGUCAUGCAAGUGAAAAAAUAUUAAGUUAAACACUGUUAAAUACUUGAAGGAUUCGCAUCACUAUUUGGAUUGAUUGCGAUUCAUCUUUUUUUACACAUUUUCGACUGGCAUGCGUAAAAAAAUAAAUUAACCACUUUUAAAUAGUUUGAAUUACGAAAAACAGCCUCACGUUUAGGGUUGUUUCAGACGCACCUUGCUUUUUCUUUUUUUGGUAAUGUUUUUACAUGUGUCAAAAGAGAGAUUCGCCAAAAAGCCAAAAGGACAAGCUUUUGACAUAAAAGGUUCAACUGUAGUUGUGCAUAGAGCCACAAGAUACAUUGUGCAUUUACUGGUUUCAUGAAAAUGUACACAUUUUUCUCAUUGUUUGUUGUUUCUGUUUUUUUUUUUUUUUUAUAUAUAUAUAUAUAUAUAUAUAAGAAUUGUUUAGAUGGAACCACUUCUCUGCACUUUUAUUUCAGGAUGUAUGUAUGUACUCGCAAAAAAGCGAGUCCCUGUCACUGGUCCUCUGUCUCACUUUUCUAAAUUUGCACGGCAAUGUUAAAGUUUGAUUUGUUGCCAAUGCAUGAGAGUCGCUAGCAAGUUAGCUUGUGUCUAGCCUCGCGUUCAUUUCUUGGCUCUCAAAAGGGCUCAGAGUCUAUAGAAGUAAUCUAAAUAUAUCAUGUACAGUAUGUAAGAUCAUGUAUGCUGUACAUACAUAAAAGCAGUAUAAUUUUUAGAGAGAAAAUGGACACUAGCACGGGUAAAUCUAUGCAUAAGUCAAAUACAGGGAACAUGGACGUUCUCUCCCAGCUCUCAGGGUGCCGUAACAGUAGCUGGACGGCCGAGCCUUCUGUCCGGUUGAUUAUUCGACUUUCUUGCCGUGUAUUUUGGCAUGUAAUGGCACCACGUGGGAAGCGGAACCUGUCCAAUAAAAUGGCCUCAGGAUGGCACCGCAAACCAAUAGAGUUGUGCUUUUUAAAAAUAGAAUAGGAAUACAGUUAUAUCAGGUGCCGGAUAGCCUUUUAGUUUCCAAAGGGAAUCGAUCGCUAUUCUAGUGGGCAGAGUGAGGACAUGGUGGACUGUUGCGCCAUUAGGGAGCUCAAGGUGGUGCUGUUUAGUGGACCGAGUGAAGCGUCACGCCAAUAACCUGUCUGUGCGCCACUAUUGAUUGUGCAAUAAA